UUUUAAGUGAAUUCUUCACACUCAAAGCAGCCCCUUCCUCUCCCUCUCUCUCUCUCUCCCCAUCACUGAAAAACCCAACUGUCUCUUUACCUCUUCCUCCAAUGGCAGCCCCAGAAGCUAAAGAAGUACCACCUAAAGAAGUAAUGGUAGAAGAAAAUUCAGAACCUCUCAAUUGCAAGAAAUGGGUCUUGAAAGUCUCCAUUCACUGUGAAGGAUGCAAAAGAAAAGUAAAAAAGGUUCUACAUAGCGUUGAAGGUGUUUACGAGACAGAUAUUGAUUUGAAGCAACAAAAAGCCAUAGUAACAGUGAAAGGGAAUGUACACCCUGAGACUUUGAUUAGAAAAUUGAUAAAGACAGGGAGACCUGCAGAGCUUUGGCCUGAAAAAGAGAAAAAGCAAAGCAAAUCAAAGAAUAAGAAAGAGAAACAAAGUGAUCAAGAGAGCGCUGAAGAAAGCAACCAUGGUGAAGACAAGGAAAAAGAAGCAGUGAAAGUUGAAGGUCAUCAUGUCCAAGACCCUUCUAAACAUAGUGAAGGUGGUUGUCCAAGUAAAAAUGGUGAGGUCACCAGUAAAGCCAGUGGACAAGUUAAAGAGCAAAAGCCUGAGGUGAAGCAAACUGUGACCUCUCCAGCCGGUAGCCAGCCACCGGUGGCUGAGAAGAUUAGUGUUGGUUGUGAAAAUGAGAAUGGGGUUGAGAAAAGUGGCGGCGGUGGUGGUGGCGGCGGCAGUGGCAGUGGAGGUAAAAAGAAGAAAAAGAAGGGGCACAAAGUGAGUGUCAAAAUUGAAGAGGGUGUAGAACAUCCUGGCGAUGCACCCCCAAGCACUGGAUCACCAAUUCAUGCUCAAGCACCUCACAGUCAUGGUCAAAACCCAUAUCCAGCCAAUCACAGCUCUCCACCUCAGCAUGUGUACCGUCAAAGUUCACCACAACAUUAUUAUUCACAUUCACAGCCACAGCAUUAUUAUUCAGCUCCACCAGUGUAUGCCACAAGUUAUAGCAUGGCACAACCUACUAGUAGCCAUGGUACAUCAUAUUAUGCCUCACCAACGCCACCCAAUUCACACGUGUACAUUCAUGAGACUGAGUACGAGAAUGAUCAUCCUCCACCGUCCGAUUAUUAUUAUGACUCCUAUCAACCACAUCCAUCAGAUUCGUUCGAGCUUUUCAGUGAUGAAAAUCCAAAUGGGUGCUCAAUCAUGUGACAUUUUGUGUGGAAAUGGAACGUGCUGAACGUUUGUGGGGGAUAUAGCUAGGCCAGCUUAUACUACUUGUAUAAGCCAAUGGGGAUAAUUUUUGUAAUGUAUAAUGUAGAUAUGAAAAAAAGGAAAGUAGCAGUUUGAGUUAGGGGAAGGGAAAAUAAAUGGGGGUUGGUUGAAGUGGGGUUUUGUGGCUCUAUUUUGUACGUACUCUUUUCAAGAUUGGUCCAAAAGUUACUACCCUUGUAAUGCCUAGUUGUUUGUAGGCCCCCAUUUCUCUCUCUUACACGUAUAAGGUAGAUUUGCUUUA